AGGCCAGCUGCACCGUUGCCGUUCAGGGGCAGGCGGAUCGAAGCUAGCUAGGUUUGCAGCCAGCCAGCGAUCCGGCCGGCCGGCCCGGAGGGUCGGGCCGGGCUUUGCCGUCUCGGGCGGCGGCCGCGGGGGAAAGAAGAGAAGAGGGACAAGUGCGGCGCGGCAGCUUCCGGGGAGGCCUAUGCACCGAGCUUUUUCGGCCACUGCAGCGAUGAUGAUUGGUUCCGGACCUUCUGGCGCGGCGCCGGCGCCGGCGGCCGGAGGAGAGCGUCGGCGCCACCACCCGAACGUCAGCGUGGUGUGCAGCGGGCUCCCGCGGCCCGUCAGGCCGGUGCCCAGCGCGGCAGGCCCACGGCCCGGGACGCCGAGGCCGGGGUGUCCCGCGGGCGGCGCGACGCCGUCGGGGCGAGCGGAGUGGAACUGGUGGCGCGCCGGCGCGCGGCAGGCGGCGGCCGCACCGCCGAGCCGGCAGAGGAGAGAGGACCUGCAGGGGCGCCAGGCCCGCGGUGCGCGUGCCGCGCACGGGGAAGGGGAACCGGGAGCUGGCGCGGCGGGCGCUCGCGCCGAACGCCGCACGCGGGUGCGGCCGCGGAGGCGGCGGCGGGCCUGUGCGAAUGAGGAGGUGGAGCUUCCGGCCGGCGCCCAGCCGGCUGCGCAAUGCGUCGUCGCUCUCCUCGCCAUCCCCCGUCUCGCCGCGGCUGCGGCCGUCGUGAUCGGAUUCUUAGAUUCGCCGUCACGGAAAUGAAAAUUCUUUGAUCUGUACAGCAAUUCAAGCUUUGUGCAGUUGUGCACGCUUCAGCUCGCUUAUACGCCUCAUCUGGGUUUUUUGCUAUAUACUUUUUGA